AUGGGAACUCAGGUUUUGCACCCUCAGGAAUAUUUUUUCAUACCUACUCCGGCGUCGUUUUCCCACCGGAGCAACCACUACGGCUACAACAACCGUGCAGUGACUUCUAGGUCUUACCGGAAGCCGGUUACUCGACCAUACCUAAAGAAACGGGAUACUGCUUUGGUCUCGAAGAGAUCAAGCGCUGAUGAUUCAGUAACUGGGAAGAGCAGGGAAAAGGUGACGAUCCUCCGUAGGGGUAAAUCUCUGGAUUCCUCGCUGGAAGCGGUGAAGAGCGACAAGUAUGCUGGAUCUGCAUUCUCGGUGUCUCCGUCACCGAGCGCGCUUCCUCUUCCAUCUUUUCUGAUGAAGAAGCAGUUGUCAGCGACGGUUGAUGACUCUGCGACGCGAGAUCUAAGGCGUCUGCUUCGACUUGAUUGA